GAGAAAAUCAGAAAAUGGGCAUCUCCAAGAUGAAAACUCAUCAAAAGAAGGAUAAGCAAUGGGCUCACAAGCAACAGCAGCAGCCUCCUAUUUAUCUUGCAUCAACUGGGUGGCUCUGAAUUCGUCUCAGAUAUCAUCCUUGAACCCUUCAUUUCUCCCUCUCAGAGCCGAAACCUGUCACUUUCCUCUUCAUUCUGAUAUAAAGCAGGACACCUCUUCUCUCAAAUACCCAAACCUUCAUCUCCUUAAACUCCGAAAUGUUAGAACUAGAGCUACCCUUGAUGAAAGUGCUCCUGCCCCGCUUCGUGCCCAGGAAGAAGAAGAUGAAGGACGGCAGCCCCAACCCAGCGAAGAAGUUGAGGAGAGUGUGAAAGUGCUCAAGAAUGCUGCAAAGACAAGAAAGGUUGCAGCAGAGGUGGUUUUGUCAGCUCUAACAGUGAUUGAGAAGGCCAAACUUGACCCCUCAGGGUUUCUUAAUACACUUGGUGGGUCGAAAUCCCCUGGCAGAACUUGGAUGCUUAUUUUCACGGCUGAGAAAUUGGAUCGUGGACGGUACUUCCCCCUUACUGCUAUUCAGAGGUUCGAUGCUGCUGGAAAGAGGAUUGAAAAUGGAGUCUAUCUUGGACCAAUUGGAUUCUUGACGUUUGAAGGCAGAUUAUCAUGGAAGAACAGAAUACUGGCCUUCAUCUUUGAGCGCAUGCGCAUAAAAAUUGGACCUUUGAACCCUUUUGAGAUCAGUCUUGGCCAAAAGAAAGACAGAGAACCAAGCACGAAGGACCCUUUCUUCAUCUGGUUUUAUAUUGAUGAGGAACUAGCAGUUGCUCGAGGCAGAAGUGGGGGGACUGCAUUUUGGUGCCGAUGUCGCCGCUUUGCGACUUGAUUCAUUCUCAACUUUUGUGGCUUAUCGUGGCAUUGUGCUCCUUCUGAAGAUGGUAAUAUUCACUAAUGAAUGCAAGUGUUAUUUUAUGCUUGUAAAAAGUAGACUGAUGACCUGCAAGUGCAUCGUAUCUCACACAUUUCUUUUUCACCAGAUUUGAUGCUAUGAAACAUUCCAUAGGUUCUUGAAUGGCCUAUGUUCAUAUUAUUGAAGCAAUAUGAUAAAACAUAAUUUUAGACCUA